CAUGCACAGUCUUUAUAUCAAGACUCACGUUUCACAGUACGUUGCAUGCAAGUAAGAUCAUUACCUGGGUAUUCUAAGAUGCCAGCUCAAUAGAGAAAGGGAAGUUGUUUGUUUGUUUGUUUGUUUUUUAAAUUUGAUUAUGAUACAUCUCCUCUUCAUUCCAAAAUUCAACAGAAGUCUUUCAGGGCUCGCUGUGUUGGUGAUAAUAAAAGGUGAUAAUGGUAGUUGAAAAGUUAAAGUAUUUUUUUUUAAAGCAUGUUUUAGAAAAGUGUUGGAGGGGAAAAAAAACAAAACAAGCUCGGCGUUUGUCGGGGUUAUUACAGAAGCUAUGGCUACUGACUGCAUUACAAAUUAAACAUUGCGUCACGUGUAAUAUUAAUAAUGUUAGUCUGGAUGCUUCCUAUAGCAGAGGUGAUAAUAAAGAUUUAAUUGAGGUACUUUUACCUUAAUUCAGUAUAAGUUAUCCUACUCAAAUGCAAUCAUGUUGUAACGUUAUGAUGUUUCAGGUAAUAAUGUAGUGGAUUGUGGUUUUUCAGUUUGUAAACAACGGACAAUUACCGCUUGGUUGGAGAAUAAAGGACCCCAGACGGCUGAGUCCAAAAGCUUACAAAGCAAAAUUAAUAACAAUACUGAAGCAGAUGCCAAGAUGACUUCAAUUAAAAAAGACAACUUCUGUGAGCAUGAUGUGAAAAAGCUAGAGGAUAUUUGUCAGCAAAAUUAUCCAGAAAUACCUGUGGAAGUUGGCGUAAAGCACGCAAACUUGCCUCCGACAGGCAGCCUAUUUAACUGGGAGGCUGAAGGCGUAUGUAAAGAUCCAGUCUUGGACACAGAGCCUGUGAAGGGGACACAGUCCGGAGACCUGUUUAGAAAUGCCAACAUUGAUCAGAUGCAGAAAACUGGCAGACAGGCUCAAAGAGGCUGUGAAGAAAACAGUGACCAUUGGACUCAAAGGAAAUUAUCGUCAGGCCGGUCUUCAAAAAUGGGAAAUACAAAACUUUCUUCAAAAGACACUGAGACUGAUGGACAAGUGGCUUCACGCAAUUCACAGAAGCUGAAGAGUUGCAAUUCUGUCGAUGUGGUCCGUUUAACGAGUGAACAAGAGGAAGGCGAUAUAGUUCCAGAAAGCCCGCUUUCAGAUGCUGGUUGUGAUGCCUAUGCAUCUGAUCUUGGAGAUCCUGGGAAACUGGGCAAAUGUCGGAGUAGUUCAGGGGAUUCUCCUGCUUUUGAGAAAGAAAGUGAACCAGAGUCACCAAUGGAUGUAGAUAAUUCUAAAAAUAGCUGUCAUGGAUCAGAGGCUGAUGAAGAAACAAGUCCCUUUCUUGAUGAGCGAGAGGAGAUUAAUGUGUCAAAGUCCAUAAACAAGUUUUCCAGAAUUCAAUGUGGAAGAAAGUCACGGUUUUCUGCCAAGGAUUAUGAAAGCUUUGAGGGAACAGAUAAUUCCAUCAAAGAGGAUGGUCUGCAUACAAAGUCACCUGGGAUCUGUCCUGCUCCGUCAUCAGAAUGGAAAGGUGCAAAACAGGGUGGGAAGAAAGACUCCAAAAUCACCUCUCAUUUCAUGAGGAUACCUAAAAUUGAGGAGAAGAGCAGGAAAGAAAAGUGUGAGUUCAAGCCCCAGAGGCCAGGAAGGAAGAUUCCUAAAUAUAUGCCACCUCCUCUUCCAACCAAUAAGAAAUGGUUUGGCACACCAAUUGAAGAGAUGAGAAGAAUGCCUUUGUGUGGGGCCCGUCUUCCUCAUCUACGACCCUCAGCUAAUCACACAGUAACCGUCAGAGUAGACCUUUUGAGGGAAGGAGAGGUACCUAAACCUUUUCCAACUCACUACAAAGAUUUGUGGGACAACAAACAUGUUAAAAUGCCCUGCUCAGAACAAAAUUUGUACCCCAUAGAGGAUGAGAAUGGGGAUAGAACUGCUGGAAGUCGAUGGGAGCUAAUCCAAACUGCCUUACUUAACAAAUUUACCUGCUCACAUGAUUUGAAGGAGGCUAUACUAAGAUACAAUGUUGCUUAUGCCAAGAAAUGGGACUUCACAGCUCUUACUGACUUUUGUGAUAAGAUUCUUGAAGAUGCAGAGGCUCAGCAUUUGUUUCAGUCCAUUCUUCCUGAUAUGGUGAAGUUGGCGCUUUGUCUCCCUAGUAUCUGCACACAGCCGAUACCUCUACUGAAACAAAAGAUGAAUCACUCCAUCACAAUGUCACAGGAACAAAUUGCUAGUUUUCUGGCCAAUGCUUUUUUCUGCACUUUUCCACGUCGCAAUGCGAAGAUGAAGUCUGAGUAUUCCAGUUAUCCAGAUAUUAACUUCAACAGAUUAUUUGAAGGACGCUCACCAAGGAAGCCUGAGAAGCUUAAGACCCUUUUCUGCUAUUUUAGGAGAGUCACAGAAAAAAAACCUACUGGAUUGGUGACGUUUACAAGGCAGUGUCUCCAGGAGUUUCCAGACUGGGAAAGAUCUCAGAAAAAACUGUCUAGAUUGCACGUCACCUAUGAAGGCACUAUUGAAAGCAAUGGACAUGGUAUGCUGCAGGUUGAUUUUGCAAACCGUUUUGUUGGAGGUGGUGUCACUGGGGCAGGACUAGUACAAGAAGAAAUUCGCUUUUUAAUUAACCCAGAACUGAUUGUAUCUAGGCUCAUCACUGAAGUCUUGGAUCACAAUGAAUGUCUUAUCAUCACAGGUACUGAGCAGUACAGUGAAUAUACAGGCUAUGCAGAAACCUACCGGUGGGCAAGAAGCCAUGAAGAUAAGACCCCAAGGGAUGAGUGGCAGCGACGCUACACUGAAAUUGUUGCUAUAGAUGCAUUUCAUUUCAGACGUUUCCUUGAUCAGUUUGUUCCGGAGAAAAUUAGAAGAGAGCUCAACAAGGCCUACUGUGGCUUCUCUCGACCCAAUGUUCCACCUCAACAUCUCUCUGCAGUAGCCACAGGGAACUGGGGAUGUGGUGCCUUUGGAGGGGACUCCCGAUUAAAAGCCUUAAUACAGAUAUUGGCAGCUGCUGAGGCUGGACGAGAUAUUGUUUAUUUUACCUUUGGAGAUGUGGAGCUGAUGAGAGAUAUUUACAGCAUGCACACUUUUCUCUGUGAGAAGGGCCAAACUGUUGGGGACAUUUAUAGGCUAUUACUUAGAUAUUACAAUGAAGAAUGCAGAAGCUGUUCUACUUCAGGACCAGAUGUCAAGCUGUACUCUUUCAUAUAUAGCACCAUUGAGUCCUAUGCAGAUUCUACUGAUGAUGAUGAAGAAAAAGGAUUGUGCUUUGAGGAUUAAAAUAAGUAUGUUGAAUCAAAACGUUGUUCCUCUCCUCCCACUGGUAUAUUGUUUGAAUUGCUGGAUGUAACACAUGAAUUGGCUUAAUAUAUAUUGACUGCAUUGGUAGUGUUAUGUAUAUCAUCCAGACAAAAAUCAACCUUUGAAGAUUUUUUGUUUGAGGGUUUCAUACAUGAAACCCUUGUUCAUGUGCAUACAGAAAGGAUUUCUUUGGUAAGUCCUGUUUCUUAUGUAAUCUUAAUGCUGGAGUACAACGAGCCAUGUAACUCCUGGGAUGAUUGUAGAGAGAAGCAUUGUAAUGAUCAUUCCUCCUGAAAAUUGUAUUAUUUUCAUUGCUUCCUUAAGACUGCCACAAUAUUUUGGUGUUUUAUCAACUUUUUCAUUCAUUUAAUUUAAAAUAUCCAGUUUUUAAUAUAAUUAUUAAUAGUGAUUAAAAAUGGAGAAGUUCAGAGGGAGCUGUAAUAGAGUCCGAAACUGUUAUCUUCAUCAAAUUAGACAAAAUCAGAAGUUAGCAUGAAGGAGUACAGCAAACCUGAAGUAUAGGAGGGUGGGAAAAGGAGAAAUACGAUCAGAGUUAGCAUAAGUAGAGGGAAACACUUUCACAUUGAACUUCUAAAACCAUUUUAUUGGACCUCUCUGUUACAACAUUGAACAAGGUCCUCAGCAUACUAGCGUAUCUGAAGUUUUUCAAUGUUUACUGUUGUUGGCAAUAUCAUUUGAAUUCAGGUCUGCUAAUUGUGUUUAUAUUCUCAUAUCAGUCCUCCUUUAUUAAAGUAUUCACAUAUAGAAGCAUAAGAUGCAGAUGGCAUGACUUUGGUGAGGAACUGGAAGUCACAUAUCAGUGGAAGGAAUGUCUUCAGGCUACAAAUAAAAAAAGCUAGAACAUGAAGCCUUGUUAGGAGCUUGUGCCUCUGUCUUUUUAGAUGUGGGAAAGACAACAAUGAAGAGAGGUUCAAAAGAUUUUUUUUUUUUUUAACUGUGCUAUUACCAUCUAUGUGAAUACCAAAUGAAUGUUGCAUUCGUGUUGUACGUAAAGAAAAAGUAAUAGUUUACACAAAACUUCAGGUACAUCAGUGAUAAGACUUUUCCAGGCCUAUGUACAGGGCCAAUCCAGUGAAAAGUUUGUCUCCUAGUAGUUGAUCUGCAGUUUAAGCCCAAAUUGCUAAGUUUAGUCUCAUCUGUGUUAGAUUUCUUUGGUCUGGUCUGUCAUUGUUGUUAUAACCAGUUUAACGAUACAAGCAAAAACCAGACAGAGGAAAUGUAGUAAGCUAAGGCUCUGGUAUCAAGAAAUUCUUUGGUUUCACGUCUGAUAAAAUCUCUCCAAGCCUGGAAUAUAAUGUAAUUAAAUGCUGGAAGCUGUUGGGAGCCUGGUUUACAAUAGCGUGUUCGCUGUUGGAGUUGCUCUGGUGGAAGCAACAGUGAAGAGUUUGGGUCAUUUAUACUUCAGAGUGCUACACCAUUGCAUUAACGCUACAGUGGGCAGCUUGGAAACAUGUUGCUUGGAAGUUGACAUAGCAGCUUAAGCAAUUUCUUCCUGUCAUUCCCAUUAGCUGUAGUUUUCUCCACCCACAUCCAUUAUAACAACAAGAAAAAAAGGGGACAGGAUUUCAGGUCCUUUACUUUGCUCUCGUGUCCUCAGAGUUAUCAAAAAUUGUUUCUCCUGCUCCUCGUGUUCCAGCACUAGCUCAGAUUCUGACAAUAGGAAUAACACUGUUUAUCAUAAGCUCUUAUUUGGGCAUUUACUUCAACUAUGAUAGUGUUUCUAGAUGCAGUGCUGAUGAUAAAUGUACCCUAUUAACUAACACAAGCAGUGGAAAAUUGGUGCUAAUUGCCAAAUCUUACCCACCUUACUGCUCAGGAUUUCCUAUAGAAAAAAUAAACAGAAUUUGCUCCUGAACAACUGGAAGAAAAUAUAGCAAAAAGCUUUAGGUGGCUAGAUAUGACCUCCCCUUUCUUGUAAAUAAGAACAUCUUUAUUAGUGCAAUAUUUAUUUUCAUUGUGGGGGAAAGUGAUUUUUAUGUAUGAAAAAUGUACCAAAUAAGGUGGCAUAAAAUUCUACAUCAGCUCUAAAAAUGGAAAAAUAUAUUUAACUUCUCUCAAAGAUUCUCUCAAGAUCAAAUUAUAGUGUAUUCAGUUAAGGGAAUUUUUGCAGUGUCAAGUAUUUCCAGGAUAAUCCUAGUGAUCAUAUGUGGUCUGUAAUUUCACUGAUACUUGAGGGUCAGGGGGAAGAAUGUCUCUUAUUUGAGAUCAUUCUUUAGAAUAUGCUUCCCAUACUUUUUUCCUGUGAAAUAUGGUUGUAUGGACAGGCUAAAAGGAAAAUAAGAGUUAGGAAGUUAACAGUGUUAGAUUCCUGUCACUUUCUAAGUCGAAAAAGAACUGAACUGCCCAGAAUGCUGCAUCAGUGUGGAAGCAGGAAUUUUGGAUCAGUCUGAUAUGUGCUCUGCAUCUUAUUUACUUUUCCAUCCAACUACCACUCUCCAUUUCUGAACUACCUGAAAUGUUUUCUUUAGCUAGAGAUGUUAUUUUGGUGCUCUACAUGAAACAGUGUAAAAUGGAGAUGCUGAUGGUCUCUUUGUGCACCCUAGUAAACUUCAGUUUCACUCUUCUAGAAACUUGUUUAUGGAGUACUCUUUUGUGUUUUUUUUUUUAUUACAUUAGGGAUGUUUGCUAUAUGAUUUCAAAUAAACUUCUACCAAAACUAUUGUUUUAUACUUGUUUUAGCAGCUAAAUUGAAUGCUUAAUAUGAAACAACAAUGGGCAGUCAUUUAGAUUGCAAUGUUGCCUCAUAAUCAAGUUUGGUGUCAGAGCACCUCUGUGUGUGUUAUGGCUCUCGCACCUAAAUUCCUCAGUUAUGAGGUGUUAGUUAUGAGGUGUUCUUAUCUAAUGAUGAGUACCCAUUACUGUAUAUAUUAAUUUAUAAACUGUUGAAGUGUUGACAUUCUUUGAAACCUACAGUUUAUGCACCAUUAUAUUAUAUUGAUUUUUCUGGAUCUGUAUGCUAAUGUUUACAUGAUUUUGUAGUAAUACAAUUAAAAAAUUCUGACUGAG